GCGGGAGUUGGGCCGAGCCUGGGGACAUUGAGAUGCAGGGCGCCCCCUCGCGCUCUUCCGCGCGCCUCGGGGCUGGCGGGUGAAGCGCCGGCCGCGGCAGGUCCUCUCCAACCCCCUCCUCCUUUUCGCUCCCGCUCCCUCCUUCCCUCCGCUCUCUCCCAACUCCUCCCCCCACCGCCUCUCCCCCCUUCCUUUGGCUUCCUCCGUCUCCUCCCCGUCCUCACCCGCGCUCCGGGUCGGGAGCUAGUUGGAGCGCGGGGACUGCUGCCAGAGCCCAGCUCCACGGAGCCGGGCGGGUCGGCCGCGCGUCCAGCGGCUGCUGGAGGAGCCCGAGCGCAGCGGCGCGGGGCCCGGGUCGGGACUGCAGGGGAGCGCCGAGCCCAGGGCCGGGGGCUGUUCCAGCGCGGCCGCCCAUUCCCAGACGGGCCGCCAGCCUUCCUGGUUGGCUUCCGCUGCUCCGUGCCGCCGGGAGCCGGGAGCCGCCGAGAGCAGGGCACCUGUGCCCGCAGCCCGGAGACCUUACCUGCCUGCCUCGGAGCUAGGACUGCAGAGGGACCCAACAAUGGUGUUCCUGGGACCCCUGGCUGUCACCCUGUUGCCGCCCAGCCUCACACUGCUGGUGUUCCACCUGUCCAGCUCCCAGGAUGUCGUCACUGAACCUAGCAGUGAGCAGCAGCUGUGCACCCUGAGGGAACACCCCACUGUGGCCUUUGCAGAUCUGAAGCCGUGGGUCUUCAACUUCACCUACCCUGGAGCCCGAGACUUCUCCCAGCUUGCUCUGGAUCCCUCCAGGAACCAGCUCAUCGUGGGAGCCAGGAACUACCUCUUCAGACUCAGCCUUGCCAAUGUUUCCCUCCUUCAGGCCACAGAGUGGGCCUCCAAUGAGGACACGCGUCGCUCCUGCCAAAGCAAAGGGAAGACUGAGGAGGAAUGUCAGAACUACGUGCGAGUCCUGAUUGUCACUGGCCGGAAAGUGUUCAUGUGUGGGACCAAUGCCUUUUCCCCAGUGUGCUCCAGCAGACAGGUGGGGAACCUCAGCCGGACCAUAGAGAAGAUCAAUGGUGUGGCCCGCUGCCCCUACGACCCGCGCCACAACUCCACAGCUGUCAUCUCCUCUCAGGGGGAGCUCUACGCGGCUACCGUCAUCGACUUCUCAGGUCGGGACCCCGCCAUCUACCGAAGCCUGGGCAGCGGGCCACCUCUUCGCACCGCCCAGUAUAACUCCAAGUGGCUCAAUGAGCCAAACUUUGUGGCAGCCUACGACAUCGGGCUGUUCGCCUACUUCUUCCUGCGGGAGAACGCGGUGGAGCAUGACUGCGGACGCACGGUGUAUUCUCGUGUGGCCCGAGUAUGCAAGAAUGACGUGGGCGGCCGCUUCCUGCUGGAGGACACGUGGACCACGUUCAUGAAGGCCCGGCUCAACUGCUCCCGCCCGGGCGAGGUCCCCUUCUACUACAACGAGCUGCAGAGUGCCUUCCACCUGCCUGAGCAGGACCUCAUCUACGGGGUCUUCACCACCAACGUAAACAGCAUUGCCGCUUCUGCUGUCUGCGCCUUCAACCUCAGUGCCAUCUCCCAGGCUUUUAAUGGCCCAUUUCGCUCCCAGGAGAACCCCAGGGCUGCCUGGCUCCCCAUCGCUAACCCCAUCCCCAACUUCCAGUGCGGCACCCUGCCAGAGGUGGGCCCCAACGAGAACCUGACAGAGCGAAGCCUGCAGGACGCACAGCGCCUUUUCCUGAUGAGCGAAGCUGUGCAGCCGGUAACGCCCGAGCCCUGUGUCACCCAGGACAGCGUGCGCUUCUCACACCUCGUAGUAGACCUUGUGCAGGCCAAGGACACGCUCUACCACGUGCUCUACAUCGGCACGGAGUCGGGCACCAUCCUCAAGGCACUGUCCACGACGAGCCGCAGCCUCCGCGGCUGCUACCUGGAGGAGCUGCACGUCCUGCCCCCCGGGCGCCGCGAGCCCCUGCGCAGCCUCCGCAUCCUGCACAGCGCCCGCGCGCUCUUCGUGGGGCUGAGCGACGGCGUGCUGCGGGUCCCGCUGGAGAGGUGCGCCGCCUACCGCAGCCAGGGGGGCCCUGCAGCCUCCUGGGAUCUCUGGAGUCUCAGCAUCUCUGACAUUGAGUACAGGGCAUGCCUGGGGGCACGGGACCCAUACUGCGGCUGGGACGGGAAGCAGCAACGUUGCAGCACGCUUGAGGACAGCUCCAACAUGAGCCUCUGGACGCAGAACAUAACCACGUGUCCUGUGCGGAAUGUGACUCGGGAUGGGGGCUUCGGCCAGUGGUCACCAUGGCAACCAUGUGAGCACUUAGAUGGGGACAAUUCGGGCUCUUGCCUUUGUCGGGCCCGAGCCUGUGACUCCCCCCGACCCCGCUGUGGGGGCCGAGACUGCCUGGGGCCAGCCAUCCACAUUGCCAACUGUUCCAGGAAUGGGGCGUGGACGCCGUGGUCCUCGUGGGCCCUGUGCAGCACGUCCUGUGGGAUCGGAUUCCAGGUCCGCCAGCGAAGUUGCAGCAACCCUGCUCCCCGCCACGGGGGCCGAAUCUGCGUGGGCAAGAGCCGGGAGGAGCGGUUCUGUAACGAAAACACGCCUUGCCCGGUGCCCAUCUUCUGGGCGUCGUGGGGUUCCUGGAGCAAGUGCAGCAGCAACUGUGGGGGCGGCGUGCAAUCGCGGCGGCGGUCCUGUGAGAACGGCAACUCCUGCCCAGGCUGCGGCGUGGAGUUCAAGACGUGCAACCCAGACGGCUGCCCGGAAGUGCGGCGCAACACCCCUUGGACACCUUGGCUGCCGGUGAACGUGACUCAGGGCGGGGCGCGGCAGGAACAACGCUUCCGCUUCACGUGCCGCGCGCCCCUGCCCGACCCCCACGGCCUGCAGUUUGGCCGGAGGAGGACGGAGACCAGAACCUGCCCCGCGGAUGGCUCGGGCGCCUGCGACACCGAUGCCCUGGUGGAGGAUCUCCUGCGCAGCGGGGCCACUUCCCCGCACUCUGUGAGCGGGGGCUGGGCCGCGUGGGGCCCGUGGUCGUCCUGCUCCCGGGACUGCGAGCUGGGCUUCCGUGUCCGCAAGAGAACGUGCACGAACCCGGAGCCCCGCAACGGAGGCCUGCCAUGCGUGGGCGACGCUGCCGAGUACCAGGACUGCAACCCCCAGGCUUGUCCAGUGCGGGGUGCUUGGUCCUGCUGGACUUCAUGGUCCCCAUGCUCAGCGUCUUGUGGUGGAGGCCACUAUCAACGAACACGUUCCUGCACCAGCCCUGCGCCCUCCCCGGGCGAGGACAUCUGUCUUGGUCUGCACACAGAGGAGGCACUGUGUGCUACACAGGCUUGCCCAGAAGGCUGGUCACCGUGGUCUGAGUGGAGUGCAUGCACUGAGGACGGAGUCCAAAGCCGCAGCCGGCACUGUGAGGAGCUGGUCCCAGGGCCCAGCACCUGUGCUGGAAACAGCAGCCAGAGCCGCCCCUGCCCCUACAGUGAGAUUCCUGUGAUCCUGCCUGCCUCUAGCAUGGAGGAGGCCACCAGCUGUGGAGGGUUCAGUCUUAUCCACCUGGUAGCCACAGGUGUCUCCUGCUUCCUGGGCUCUGGGCUGCUGACCUUGGCGGUGUACCUGUCCUGCCAGCACUGCCAGCGCCAGUCCCAGGAAUCCACACUCGUCCAUCCUGCUACCCCCAACCACCUGCACUACAAGGGUGGGGGCACCCCCAAGAACGAGAAGUACACGCCCAUGGAGUUCAAGACCCUGAACAAGAAUAACCUGAUCCCUGAUGACAGAGCCAAUUUCUACCCACUGCAGCAGACCAAUGUGUACACAACCACCUACUAUCCCAGCCCGCUGAACAAACACAGCUUCCGGCCUGAGGCCUCACCUGGACAACGGUGCUUCCCCAACAGCUGAUAACACUGUCCUGGGGACUUGGGCUCCUUGCCUUUUUAAGGCACAGAGCAGGUGGAAAUGGGACAGUGGAGCCAGUUUGGUUUUCUCCUUCUGCACCAGGCCAAGAACUUGCUGCCUUGCCUGUGGGGGUCCCAUCCGACUUCAAAGAGCUCUGGCUGGCGGUGACCAUGGGGGAGAGGGCUGGCUUCAGGCUGGCACGUGGCUGCAGUUCCAGCACAGCCCAGGUCUCUCAUGGCCUCCUUGCAAUUCACUACCGUGCUGAUAUCCCCUGCCUUGUCUGGGCUGUGGACCUACUGGGUGUGCGAGGAACUGGAGAGUGGAGAUGGCCGAACAGCAGGCUCUUAAGUUUGGGUUGGAAAUGACGCUCAUGUGGCCAUCACAGGCCAAGGCUGUCCCUCUCUGGCUGGCCUCAGGAAGGGCGUAGGUACAUCCUGAUUAUCUCUGAGAGGAACCAAUCAAAUGGCCCCAGAAGCUCUGGAUUCUCCACCCAGGGCUGGGCCGCUGUGGUGCUGCCCCAGUGUGACCUGGGGACCAAGGCUGGCCCAGGUUGUCCACCUUUGCCUAGCAGUCUGUACUUUCCCCAGGGACAUCCCUCUGGUCAGAGGCAGUGAGGGCUGGAGACUGAAGAUUGAACUUUGCUAAGAAGCCCUUUAAUCUGGGCUGGCACAGGCCUCAACUUUACCAUCAGAAUGCACAACACGUGGCCCAAGAGAAAGGGAAGCAGGAGUCCAGCCUCCAUGCCACUAUGGAGACUGUCUUCUAGCUGCUGCUUAGUAGAGAUGUUGGCUGAGACCUGCUUGGGAGUCUCUGCUGGCCCUUCAUCUGUUCAGGAACACACACACACACACACAAACACUCACAACAUGCUACAGUAACAAAAAGGAUGCUGGGCUGUGGCAUUAUUAAAGAUGAUAUCCAGUCUCCAAAUGUAA